UUCUGUCUGAAGACACAGAGCUUCAGACUUCCAUCAACAAAAGAAAGUUCAUCCUCUACUUGGAACAACGUUCGAACCAAACCGUUGACAUGAAGUUUGGGUUGCUGGUGGUGUUGGCGGUAGCCGUUCUGGUUCCCAGCCUGUCCGAGGGCCGGAUCGUCUCCAAAUGUGAGCUGAAAGAAAAGCUCGGACAGGCGAUCACGCUGCCCCCAAAGCUUCAAAAGUUCAAGGAUGAAUACCUGGCAAUAGUUAUCUGUGAGGCCGACAGCCGGUCCCGUCUCAACACCGGCCUGGUCAAGGUGUUCGGCAAACGCCCAACUACAACCACGCCAACGACUACCCAAACAGAUACGACCAAUCCAAUCCCAUCAGAUGCCACAAAUUCAACCCUAAUCAACAGAAGUAGGCGUGAAGUGACCAGCGAGGAGUCUGACUCGGCAGAGAUGGACGCCACUGAGGAGCGAAUCAGAAAGAAGAGCGAAAGUUUGACUCUCGGCCUUUUCGGGAUCUACAAGAUGUCUGAAGAGACUGUCGCUAUGGGGAGCGGCGAGGAGAGCAGCGAGGAGAGCAGCAAGGCAAAGAGCAGCAAGGAGAGCAGCGAGGCAAAGAGCAGCAAGGAGAGCAGCGAGGCAAAGAGCAGCGAGGAGAGCAGCGAGGAGAGCAGCAAGGCAAAGAGCAGCGAGGAGAGCAGCGAGGAGAGCAGCAAGGCAAAGAGCAGCAUGGCAAAGAGCAGCAAGGAGAGCAGCGAGGAGAGCAGCAUGGCAAAGAGCAGCGAGGAGAGCAGCGAGGAGAGCAGCAAGGCAAAGAGCAGCAAGGAGAGCAGCGAGGAGAGCAGCAUGGCAAAGAGCAGCAAGGAGAGCAGCCAGGCAAAGAGCAGCGAGGAGAGCAGCAUGGCAAAGAGCAGCGAGGAGAGCAGCAAGGCAAAGAGCAGCAAAUCCAAUGAGGAUGAAGACAGUGAUGAGAAGGAUGAAGCAGAGGAUGAGGAAAGUGGGAAACGGCAGAACCGAUCCAUCGAGGGCCAAUCCAGCGAGGAGAGCGAGCAGUCGUCUCUCGGCCUUUACGGGCUCUUCCAGCUGUCUGACGAGACCUUCUGUGAUUCUGGUUUCCGCUCCUCCAAAAACAAGUGCAACACAACCUGCGACGCCUUCACCGAUGACGACAUCAUGGACGACAUCGAUUGCUUUGUGAAGACUGAUCAGUGGAGAUUGUUUUUGAAGUCCGUCUCUCGCAAGUGCCAUUGUCUCACCAAGACCUUCUUUGCCGAGUGUUAUUGAGCAGCCGACACGUUUUCCACCUGUUGCUGAAGCUCACGCCAACUAUCAAUCUUCUACCUGCAACGUGACCUUUGACCCUCACGGUUUCAUCUCAAAACACUAUGGAGCAUGUCACAGUUUGUCAUUUUAAUUAACCUGUGAGAUUUCUCUAAUAGUUUUGUUUCAGCUCCUUUGGGGGCGGAUUCUCUCCAAUAAUCUCUCGACAUAUCUCAGUAAUUUGAAUAGUUUUGAUGACAUUAUUUUUUCCACCUUGAUCUACUUUACAGUGAUUAUUCCAAUUUUUUUUGCAUCUUCUGCUAUC